AUGUUGCUUUUUGCUGUUUACCACGGGAUCAUCAUCAUUGUGUUGGUCAAUAUGCUAAUCGCAAUGAUGAGUCACUCCUUUGAAAGCAUCCAGGAAGAAUGUGAUGUAGAGUGGAAAUUUGCAAGGAUGCAAUUGUGGUUGAACUACAUUGACAACGGUAGUACAUUGCCCGCCCCUUUCAACGUGCUUCCCACACCCCAUAGACUGACCAACGCACUGCGGUUUAUACGGAAUUUUUUCAACGACGAUUCUCGAUUUUUCAAUGGGAACACGAGGAGCACUGCAUUUGUAA